AUGACUUGGAUGGACGAGGAGGUUGCUGAUUCAAUACCAUCGUUUGGGCAAGACGUACCAGAGCAGAUUGAGGCAGUACCAGAUCAAGGAAUGUUUGAAGAGCAGCAACUCGCACCAGCUAUACCUCCCCUCGACUGGACCUCAUUCGACACAGAGCCUCCGUUUGAACGCUGCUCGCUGUUCACUCUUGUGCUCGUGCACUUCGGCUUCUACCUGUUCCUGAUUCUUAGCCACCUCAACCGACUGCUUUUUCCGCACAAGGUCACCAGAGAGAGGAACAGAGAGGGCUACGCGCCGCUAUACAGCACAUUCGACGAAUUCUUCUCUCAUUACGUGUACCGUCGCGGCCGCAUCUGUUACAACCGGCCUGUGUGCUCCGCGCCGCACUCCGACAUCACGCUCAUGGAGCGGACUAGCUACGCGCCGCUAUACAGCACAUUCGAUGAAUUCUUCUCUCAUUACGUGUACCGUCGCGGCCGCAUCUGCUACAACUGGCCCGUGUGCUCCGAGCCGCACUCCUACAUCACGCUCAUGGAGCGGACUAGUGACGACUACAACUGGACUUUCAGAUUUACCGGUCGCGAGCUGAAGUGCGUGAACCUGGCCUCGUACAACUACUUGGGCUACCGCGACGGGAAAGCCGAGGUUGAAGCCGCCACGCGCCGCUACGGGCUUGCGUUGAGCUCUCCGCGUGCUGAGCUGGGUUCGUGCCCGCUGCAUGCUCAGCUUGAGAACGAGCUCGCGGACUUCCUUGGUGUCGAGGCAGCAAUGGUGAUUGGCAAUGGAUUCUCAGCUAACUCGCUGACAUUGCCAGGGCUACUGGACCCCGGCGCGUUGGUGCUGAGCGACGCGAAGAAUCACGCCAGCCUACGACUGGGCUUGCGUCUAGGACGUGUUGUCGUUCGUGUAUUCAGACAUAAUGAUAUGAGGCAUCUUGAGCAGUUGGCGAGGCAGGCACGCGCUGAGGGGCGCUGGGAGAAGAUUGUUGUGGUAAUGGAGGGCGUAUACAGCAUGGAGGGUUCUGUUGGAAUGCUUCCAGCUGCCAUCGCGUUGAAGAAGCAGUUAGGCCUCCACAUAUAUAUCGACGAGGCCCACAGCAUUGGGCUGGGGCCGCGAGGCCGGGGGGUCACUGAUAUGUACGGCGUGAAUCCGAGAGACGUCGAUGUCCUCAUGGGCACUUUUACUAAGAGUUUUGUCGGCAUGGGCGGGUAUAUUGCAGGUUCCACAGCGCUAGUAAACCGAGUGCGUGCGCACGGGCAUGCGCACAUGUACGCGCAGAGCAUGCCGCCGCCCGUUGCCGCGCAAGUGCUCAGCGCGUUGCACGACUUGCGCGCGCCGUCUGGCCAAGCGCGAGCGGCCGCGCUGAGGGACAACACGCGCUACUUUCGCGAACGGCUCCGUGCGAUGGGCGUGGUGAUAUACGGACACCCACAGUCUCCAGUAGUACCUAUGAUGACCUACUCGCUUUCCAAGAUGGUGGCGUGCGUGAAGCAGCUCACGGCAGCCGAAGUAGCUUCCGUUGGUGUCUGCUUCCCCGCCACGCCACUGCACCAAGCGAGGAUGAGGUUCUGCAUAUCCGCUGCUCACACUCGCGAACAACUCGACAAAGCGCUAGCUGCCAUAGAAGAUGUAGCAGAUGAGCUGGGCCUGCGAUACUCACGUCUGAAACCUGCCAGUACAUCAAGUAGUGUUUACAAGGUUCUGACCAUCUGUUUUGAAAAAACUCGGAAAAUUAUGGACCUAUUUUAA